AUGGGUUGUACAGGAACAAAAACAGGAAAAUCUGACAGCAAACUAAACUCUCCUUAAAAUCGGAGUUCAAAUCACGCUGUUUAGAGUGUAAAUCUUGCCCAUGCUCCGGCAAUUUAGGAGACUGAAAAAAUUGAGGCUGAUUAUAUUUUCCAUGCUUUGGAUCCUUUAGUCAGUAUUUGUUUUGAGUAACACUGUUAGCAUCAAGAAAUUAUCUAAAAAAAAUAGUUUCUAAGAGCAACAAUGUUUCUAGGAUAGCUAAGGUUUUCAAUUGUUCAACUCUGAGUAUGUCGGAGAAGUAGGAACUGGAGAGGAAUAUCAAUCAAUUGAUGCAAAUUGUAAGACUUUUGAUCUAAUGAAAGAAACAUUUGAAUUUGAUUAGUACUUUAUCUUACUAUUAUAACGACAAUCGUUUGUAUUUGAUAUAGGAAUUUUGCGAAGGUGGGAAUCUGCUCUCGUAAUUGGAUAAGUUUAGUUAGUUACAACAAUACACAAUGAUAGAUGUAUUCUGUCAGAUAAUGGCAGGAUUACAAUAUUUACACAAUUAAGGGAUGGUCCAUGGGUAUGAUUUAAAUUCUAAAUUUAAGGAAUAUUCAAUUAGAUAGCAUAGUAUUCACUAACAAAUCUAUGGAGAACAUUAAGCUGAUUGACUUUGGCAUUUCAAGUUAGAUGAAAUCUCUAUGUAUGUCUUGGAAACCAAGCGGUAGCAUAUAAGAGAUAUCUUUCAAACCGCCAGAGGUUUUUAAGUAAUUAACAAUGAACAGUCCUUUAACAUAGAAGGCUGAUAUAUGGUCAAGUGGGUGCCUACUUUAUUUCUUCCUGACAUCUCAUAUGCCAUUUUAAGGGCGUGACACACAAGCUGUCAAAACCGCCAUACAAAGAGGUGUGGUUAAUUUCGAUGGGUCAGAGUGGGCUAAUAUUAAUCCUGAUAUGAAAUAAUUGGUCUCUAAGAUGCUGAGUUCAAAUCCUCAAUAGAGACCGACAGCUACUGAAGUCAUUAAUCAUUCGAUAUUUUUAAAUAGAACUCGCAUAGUAACCAAACCCAAUAAAUAGCUGUCAAAACAUAUGAGAGAUUUCAAAGUAUUUAAAUAUAUUUAGAUAUAUAUUAGUAAUAAUCUCAAAUGCAAAAUGCUAUGUUAAACUACAUUGCUGAAAAUAUGAUGUCAGAGUAAGACAAGAAGAAGUUGAUGGAUGAAUUCCAGAAAUUUGAUUUGAAUAAAGAUGGAUUGUUAACCAAAGAUGAAUUACUCAAAGUUUAUUGUACCAUGUUUUCAUCUGAUCAAGCAGCUCAAGAGGUCGAUGCCAUCUUUGCCAAGAUUGAUUAGAAUGGGAGUGGCAGAAUCGAUUAUCAAGGUAAUAUAUGUUGUUUAACACAAUAGAAUUCAUCAUUGCAACUAUUGAUCAAAAGAAGUACUUUAAUAGAGAGAAAUUGUUGUUGCUAUUCCAACAGAUCGAUAGGGAUCACAGUGGGCAGUUGAGCAAGUUGGAAGUGAAGAAACUAUUGAGAGACAUGCAGAUUCCUAAGGAGAAAUUGGAGAAUCUGUCCAAACAAUUAGAUUAGAAUGGGGAUGGUCAAAUUACUUAAGAAGAGUUCUUAUAGAUAAUGUUGCAGCUGACUUGA